UCGACAUUUUUAUGCAAUACUUCCAAGCCAUGCAGAAUGUUGGUUUUUAAAUUUGAAAUGUUUACAUAAAAUCUACGAGAUUGAAACAAGAAUCUCCUGUUGAAAGCAAGAAAAUGGCUUAUUGUCUCUUAAAUGCAACGAGGAGAAGAUGUUUCGGUAAUCGCUGGUUGCCGAGAUCAGUCAGAUCACCAGUUGAAGUGCAGAAUAUCAAUUUUAGAUUGUGUCGUUCUGGUAGUUUUGUUUACAGAUCUUUACGAAGUCUUCCAAAUCUUGUCCAGCCGGGUCUACUUAAAGCGACAAAAAAUAAUGCUCGAACUUUCCUUACAUUAUCUGGUUUCGUCAAUGUUCUUUGUAGAAAAGGACCCAAACUCUUUUCUUCAAAAUAUUUAUGGCUGACUUGCACUGGUGCAGUAUGUCUUAAAGCGAAACUAACAACUGCCUAUUGUUCUAUGAAACUGAGUCAUAAAACCACUCCGAAGAUAAGAACAGACAUAAAACAUGAUGUUGAAGCCAAAAAGAAGAAACCUAAAAUAGCAUUUACAGAGUUUUUAAAGUUUUUAUGGCCGGAUUUGUGGCUGCUCGUACUUGCAAGUUUUUGUGCUUUUGGAGUUGCGUUGGUUAACGUGAAGCUACCAUUGCUACUGGGCGAGCUGGUUAAUGCUGUGUCUUCUUUAUCAGAAGGAAGUAUUUCCGACUGCGCGACACUUCUAAAAGCCCCAGCGAAGAAGUUGGUUUUUAUUUACGUGACACAAGGGACACUGACGUUCGUUUAUAUCAGUUUGCUGUCGUCGUUUGGUGAAAGGCUGGCCGCUCGCCUGAGAAACAGCUUGUUUACCUCCCUGGUAAAGCAAGAUGUGCAGUUCUUUGACGCCCAUAAAACUGGUGAACUCAUCAGCAGGCUAAGUUCUGACGUGCAAGACUUCAAAAGUGCGUUUAAACAGAUCGUGUCCCAGGGUCUACGCAGUGUCACUCAAACUGUCGGCUGUGUAGUGACGCUCUUCAUGAUCUCGCCAAAACUCACCCUGUUGAUAGGAAGCCUGGUGCCUAGUGUUAUUAUAUGCGGAACAUUACUCGGGUCUGUCUUAAGGAAGAUGUCUCGCGAGGCGCAGGAACAAUUGGCUACUGCUUUGGCCGUUGCGGAUGAGUCUUUGGGCAACGUACGAACUGUGAAGGCUUUCGCUAUGGAGAAGAAGGAAAUAGGGUUAUACACCGACGAAGUGGAGCAGUCACGAAGACUGAACGAAAGACUGGGGAUAGGUAUUGGUGCAUUUCAAGGUCUGACUAACGUAACCAUCAAUGCACUGACCUUAGUCGUGUUAUACGCUGGCGCUUCUCAGUUGGCAAGCAGCGAGCUUUCUCCUGGAAAUCUGAUGAGUUUUCUUGCUUCAACGCAACUCAUACAAAGAUCAAUGGGCAACAUUUCUAUCCUAUUCGGUCAAGUGAUCCGUGGACUAAGCGCAGGAUCUCGUGUUUUUGAAUAUAUGAUGUUGGAGCCUAAGAUAAACAACCAGGAUGGUUUGUGUCCUCGCCUCAACGAGAUCCAAGGAGAGAUUUUUUUCAAUAAUGUUCGCUUUGAGUAUCCCACUAGACCUGGUCAGAAAGUACUUAGAGGUCUAAAUUUAGUGGUCCGCGCCGGUGAAAUGGUGGCAUUAUGUGGACUUAGUGGAUCAGGAAAGUCAACAGUGGCGUCACUUAUCGAGAGAUUUUAUGAUGUAGAUGGCGGUUCCAUCACCAUUGAUGGACAUAAUAUAGAUAAGUUAAGUCCUGCGUGGAUACGUGGGGAACUUGUUGGAUAUAUAAACCAGGAGCCAGUGCUGUUCGCAACUUCAGUGUUAGAGAACAUUCGAUAUGGUAAACCAAGUGCAACAGACGAGGAGGUGCAUCUGGCAGCGAGACAAGCAAAUGCUCAUGACUUUAUAACGAAAUUCCCGGAGGGAUAUGAGACUGUAUUAGGCGAACGUGGCGUCACAGUUUCCGGGGGACAGCGACAAAGGAUUGCAAUAGCAAGAGCCUUAUUAAAGGAUCCGAAAAUACUGAUUCUUGAUGAAGCCACGAGCGCUCUCGACGCUGAGUCGGAAAGGGUCGUUCAAGAAGCACUGGAUCAGCUGACCGAAGGAAGAACUGUAUUGGUGAUUGCGCAUCGUCUUAGCACGAUACAAGAAGCUGACGCAAUAGCUGUAUUGUCAGACGGAAAAAUAAAAGAGCUUGGAACUCAUACAGAACUGAUUAAAAAGAACGGUCUUUACGCUGAACUUGUGAGAAGACAGACUAUCCUAUUACAUCAUCAUCACUAUCAAUAGAGUUCUCCUUCAGUUGAUAACAACAAAAUUCAGAUAAAGCAAAAAAAUAUUUCAGGAGAAUUCCAGAGAAGAGGACUCUGUUAGGGCCUUUCUUGGAAUGGACUUGCUCUAGGGUACUGUUUCAUACAACUAUAUGUGUAUACAACUGAUACAGACUGGCCCUUAAAUAUCUCGAAUAGAUUCUCGGGGGAAAUACAAAUGGGGCGGAGUUUCAUGUGUCCCUUAGUAUCUCUUUUUGUAAUUACCUUCUUUGCUAAAAUCAGAACUUCUCCAUUGACUCUUCUGAAUUUCUUUCUACAUGACACUUUCAACUGUAUCUGGUGUGAGGCGAUGUUUGUGCAGGAUGAUCGAGCGAGGAUUGCAACGUUACCUUGACGUCGUCCUAUUCUCGCAUGGAAAACUGUAAGAAGAAUUUACGAACGUUCAUUCAGAAUAUCACACGGUGAACAGAGUUUGAUGUGUGAUCUUGUUUGUGACUUGUUUGCAUGUGUAAGUUUUUAAUUACGUCAGCAGAAUACACAGGAAUAAGCACUAGCAACUAGUUAACUAUAGGCGUUUGGGCGUUGAGAAAUGACUUGAGGUUAUGAAAUGAGUCUUUUGUCCAGAAUUUGAAAAAAACUCUUAUGUGAAGACUUUGUGAAAUUUUUCAAAUUCCACUUGCAACCAUGAAUAUAUAUAAACAUGACACUUAUUGCAAAAGAAGGCAGGACAACAUACCGUAAUCAUAUUUCCUUAAAAAGGCUUGAUUGAUACUUUUUCGACGCGAGGACACUUGAGAACGUUUGGGACAAUGAACUGUGUGAAAAAAAAUUGUGGUGAACAUUGAUGAUCGCGGGUUUGAUUUCUGCCAGUGUGCCUGAGUGGCGUUCAGCCUAAAAUGUGGGCUUUUCGCCAACGAAGAUAUUGACCGUAAUUCAUACUGUAUUGUACCUUAUCGCAAUUUAUACUUAUAGUCUUGUAAAAAUACCGCUUAACCUUAUCUGAUUUAUCCUAACGAUGACUGAAUGGUUAGCGAGAUGUAGAUAAAUACAUAAAGUCAGGUGUACUUUGCAGUUUGC